CAUAUCAAAAUAUACUCCAGUGUAAUAAAAGCUCACAGGUUCACUAAAAUAUUAAAUCGGUAUACAUUUCGUGCGAGUGUACGCCUCAUUUUUGUAUUGUUUUUAUCGUAUUUAUUUUAUUAUUAAAUCGCAUCGAAAAAGAUUUUUUUUUUUGAGGGCAUAGGUCGCGAUAACACACAUAAACAAACUUCUUGAUAAUGAAAUUAUUGGUAGUUUGCGCGUACUGAUCGAAUUCACAUCGCUAUAUAAACACAUGCUCGAGUACAUUUUGGUUUUAAAAUUUUUAUAAUUAUUGUAAUCAACUCUUCUGUGUAAAAAUGCUGCGUUUAUUAACUCGUCAGGUUCAACUACGUCCCAGUACUCUAGAAACGUUAUGUAAAUCUCAAACGCGUAAUUUAAGUACCGAUAACGAGUUACCAAAAACAGCAGAUGUUGUUAUUAUCGGUGGUGGUGUAGCGGGUUGCAGCACGUUAUACCACUUAUCACAAGUGGGAAUAAACGCCGUACUUAUCGAAAGCUCGAAAGUUAGCAGCGGUACUACUGCACAAACAGCCGGAUUAGUAUGGCGAUUGAGGCCGAACGAUGUGGAAAUUCAGCUUUUGGCUUCGACACGAAAUCAGAUAUUGAACAUGAAAGAGCAAACUGGAAUCGAUCCUGGAUGGAUUGAGAAUGGUGGAUUGUACAUCGCUCAUAAUAAAGAACGUAUUGGCGAGUAUCGAAGAUUGAUAACGAUUGGGCGAAGUUUCGGUAUCGAAAGUCAGCUUUUAUCACCUUCCGAAACCAAAUCAAAGUUUCCUUUUAUAAACGAGGAAAUCAUAGAAGGAAGUUUAUAUAUACCAGGAAGUGGUGUAGUAAAUCCUCAACCAUUAUGCCAAGGAUUUGCAAAAGAAGCUGUGAAAAAUGGAGCGAAGAUUGUCGAAAAUUGCGCCGUGAACAAUAUUCUAAUAAACGAGAAUAUUUUCGGUACGAGAGAAGUAACCGGAGUAAACACUUCGAAAGGUGUCAUUAUGACGGAUUGUGUAGUUAAUUGUGCAGGUGCUUGGGCUGGCAACGUAUCAGAAAUGGCAGGCCUAUCGAUACCUGUGAUCCCGAUGAAACAUUCCUACAUAGUCAGCGAACCUAUCGAGGGUGUUUCCGUCCUGCCCAACAUCAGGGAUCACGAUUCGUCAAUUUAUUUCCGAGUUCAAGGAGAUUCGCUUUGUUUGGGAGGUUACGAAAGCAACCCAGCUAUUUUAGAUCAACUUGGAAGUGGCCAGACCUCCAGUCAAUUUGAACUAGAUUGGAAUGUAUUCGAUAGACACAUCGAGAAAGCUAUCGAGCUCGUGCCUGUAUUCCAAAAAGCCGGAAUAAAGAACACCGUGUGCGGAGCUGAGGCAUUUACCCCGGAUCAUAAACCAUUAAUAGGAGAGGAUCCAAGAUUACGUGGUAUGUUUCAUAAUUGUGGUUUCAAUUCAGCCGGAUUGAUGUUGAGUGGAGGCUGCGCGGAGCAAUUGGCGUUAUGGAUUUUGAACGGACAGCCAGAUCUUCAUAUGUACAAUUACGAUAUUAGGAGGUUUACCAAAGAGCAAUGUAUGGAUAAGAAUUGGAUAAAAGAACGCAGUCAUGAAAGUUACGUGAAAAAUUACAGCAUUGUUUUCCCUCAUGAUCAGCCCUUGGCAGGACGUAACUUUAAACAAGAUCCUUUCCACGAGAAACUGUUAAAAGAAGGAGCAGUUUACGAAGAGAUGCAGGGUUGGGAAAAACCUGGAUGGUUUGCACCGAAUGGCUUCGCUCCGAUUUUCCCUUACGAUUGGUAUGGUUCGUACGGAUCAACGAAGAAUACCGAUAAACGUUAUGAAAAUCUUCUCAAAGGCGAUUACACUUUCAAUUUUUCCAGACAUCAUCAUCAGAUCGGUUCCGAAUGUUUAUCUUGCCGAGAACAAGUAGCCAUGUUCAAUAUGUCAUUCUACAGUAAAAUGUAUUUGAGCGGUCCAGAAGCGGAAAAAGCUGCUGAUUGGUUGUUCACUGCCGAUACCAAGCAACCAAUCGGGAAAAGCGUAUUCACUUGCCUACUAAAUGCGAAAGGAAACAUCGAAGCUGACGCCAUCGUAACAGUAAUUACUGCCGGAGGAGGAGGAUUAGUCGAUCCCAUAUUCAAAGGUAAAGGUUACUACAUCGUAUCCGGAGGCGCUUCUGCAUCACAAACAACAGCCCAUAUCAAAUCGGCAAUAAGAAGAAAAAAUUUCAAAGUUAAUCUCACCGAUCUUACGGAUAAAGUAGGAAUUUUAUCGAUCCAGGGUCCAUACAGUCGAGAGCUUCUUCAAGAAAUCGUUAGCUGCGAUUUACAUAACAGUUUAUUCCCAUAUAUGACUUCGAAACUUACCAAAGUAGCUGGCCAUACCGUCCGUGCAUUGCGUACGAGUUUCGCCGGAGAAUUAGGAUGGCAGCUGCAUAUUCCUUUUAACGCGUGCGAAGAUGUUUACAACGCUGUCAGACAGGAAGGCUUGAAAUAUGGCUUAAGACAUGCCGGAUAUCGAGCUUUGUAUUCGCUGAGUUGUGAAAAAGGCAACAAUUUAUGGAAUUUUGAUAUAAGACUCGAUGAUAAUCCGAUCGAAGCUAAUUUAGGACACACUUGCCGAAGAGAAGGCGAUUAUCUGGGGAAAUCUGCAGUUGAAAAAAUAAUCCAGAGCGGGCCAAAAAAGAAAUUGUGUUUUUUCACUUUACACGACCAAAUUCCAGUUUGGGGAUUAGAAACUAUUUGGAGGAAUAAUCAAGUUGUCGGAUAUCUCAGAAGAGGCGAAUAUGGAUAUUCCUUAGGAUGCAGUAUUGGAAUGGGCUACGUUUCUCACCCGGAUGGAGCCAUUGUUUCUAAUGAAUUUUUAGAAAACGGAAAUUAUGAAAUAGAAGUAAUGGGUAAAAGAUACAACGCUAAUUUACACCUAAAGUCGCCUUUUGAUUCCGAAGAUGAAAGAGUUCACGGAAUCUACAGGCACGAAAAACUUCCCCACAAAGUUUCAGCAGUGAAUUAAAUAUGAUUGAAAGUCGAGUCAUUGUACAUGUUCAUAAAUUAAGUUGUAAUAUAAAUUUUAUCUCAAAUUAUUUUAUAAAAAUAUUUACGUUUUUAUAUUCUUUAAUAAAAAUUGUUUAUUUUUUUCAAACUUA